AUGUUAGUUGGUGCUACAGGUGUCGGUAAGAGUACCUUGAUCAAUACAAUGAUUAAUUAUAUCUUAGGGGUGAAGUGGGAAGAUGACUUUAGAUUUAAGAUCGUAGAUAAACGGGUAGAAGGACCACAGUCGCAGGCGCACAGUCAAACACAAGUUAUAGCUGCAUACACUAUCCAUAGCAACGAACACCACACCAUCCCGUACACACUGACAAUCAUUGAUACGCCUGGGUUUGGAGAUACAAGAGGUAUUGAGCGCGACAAAGCAAUCGUUCAUCAGGUCAAAGAGUUUUUCUCCCAUCCCGAGGAUCACCAUGUGGAUCAUCUCGACGGUGUAGGCUUUGUAGCAAAUUCAACGACCGGACGUCUUACUCCCACCCAAAAAUACAUCUUUUGGUCAAUUUUGUCUUUAUAUGGCAAAGACAUUGAGCCUAAUAUAAUCAUUCUUGCCACAUUUAGUGACAGAGGACGCCCACAGGUUGUCUCAGCAUUCGAAGAGGAAAACAUCCGUUGCGAGGGCAACUUGUUCAAGUUUAACAACUCGGCACUAUUUGAGUGUAAUGUGGCAAAGGGAGGGAGUGACAGUGGUGAAGACGAUCUUGCUGUUCCUCAUGCGUACUGGAAAAUGGGAAUGAGGAACAUGAAGUCCUUUUUCAAGUCACUCGACCAACUGGAACCAGUCAGUCUUGUUCUCACGAAGGAAGUCCUCUGUGAGCGUUUACGUUUGGAGAAUACCUCUGAAAACAUGCACCAACAGAUUCAAACAAUUAACACAAAAUGUUUUGUUGACAUGAAUGUUGAGGCUUGUAGGUGUACGCAACGUCUUCAAGAAAUCGCCCUUAAGCCUCAAAUGAGCAUGAAAGAAUAUGUAGAUAUUUUAAUCGAGAAUGAAAAGAGAAGUCAUGUGCUGGGUUGGGAAGAUAGACUGUCGGUCAAGAAAGGAUGA